ACGUCGUUCAAUUAGCGGUCAGGAGCCUCAAAGGGCAGGGUAGUCCGUCGCCAAUUGUCAACUCGACAUGGCAACUCUCAAGAGCAAAACGGGUUUGAACCUCCUGAAUCGCUGCCUCCUCUGGCGGAGUCCAGGCUUCAGUUACUCAACCACACGGACGCUUGAAACCCUAGCUUUCGAAGAGCUCCGAUCUUCCCCGGACAAGCCUUACACUUCAACGGCUUUUAUUCUCCACGGUCUCUUAGGAUCUGGCCGCAACUGGCGUUCCUUCUCUCGAAAUCUCGCUUCCUCACUCUCCAAUUCGUCUUCUUCUGAGUGGAGGAUGGUGCUCGUGGAUUUGAGGAACCACGGGAAAUCUGCCAAUAUUGAAGGUCUGGACCCUCCCCAUGACAUGUUCAAUGCGGCGAAAGAUUUGGCUAAUUUGGUUAAAUCUCAUGGUUGGGCUUGGCCUGAUGUUGUUAUUGGUCACUCCAUGGGAGGCAAGGUUGCUCUCCAGUUCGCGCAGAGUUGUUCUCGUGGUGAUUAUGGGGAAUCUGUUGCAUUGCCGAAGCAGCUGUGGGUUUUGGAUUCUGUCCCUGGAGACGUUAGCUCUGAAAACAGUGAUGGAGAAGUGGAGAAAGUCUUGAAGACAUUGCAGAGUUUACCUGCAUCCCUUCCUUCACGAAAGUGGCUUGUGAAUCACAUGAUUGAACUCGGGUUCUCCAAGUCAUUAUCUGAAUGGAUUGGUAGCAAUCUUAAGAAAUCUGGAGAACAGGAGACUUGGUCUUUUAAUCUUGAAGGUGCCAUCCAGAUGUUCAAUUCUUACAGGGAGACAUCAUAUUGGUCUCUGCUGGAGCACCCACCGAAAGGAAUGGAGAUGGGUAUCGUGAUCGCAGAAAAGAGCGACCGGUGGGAGCCUGAUGUAAUUCAGCGACUCGAAAGUCUUUACAAUCAGAAAGAAAACGGAUCUGAGGGUAAGGUUGCCGUUCAUGUUCUUCCAAACUCUGGGCACUGGGUUCAUGUGGACAAUCCAAAGGGUCUUCUUGAGAUUGUGGCGCCUAAGAUCGCUUCUCUUCCAGCUAGGGUCUGUGACAGGGCAGGCAUCUGCUGGUGCUUAGGGUACCCUGUUUGGGAAGCUGGACUUUUUGGUUCUUUUCUAUUGCCAUUUUGAUCAAAUCGAUUUACUUUUUAUAAGCCAAUGGACGACGAUGGAAUAGGAAUCCUACCGGAGCAGCAGCGAUUGAUCUUCGCUGGGAAGCAGCUUGAUGAUGGCUGAACUUCGGCUGAUUACAAUAUCCAGAAAGUUGUGCAGCAGAAUGACCCUUCAUCUUUUGUCGAGACGUAGCGCUUAGGGAAUGAAUUAGAGAGCCUUCUCUCGUGGCUCUGGCUAGCAAAUACAAUCAAGACCAGAUGAUCGGCCACAAGUCUUAUGCUCCUCUGCAUCCAGGGCCAGUAAACUGUUGCGAGGAGAAAUGUGGUUGUAGCAAUCGUAUUCUUUUUGUUUUGAAUUGAACAAAUGAAUAUUGUUUUGGGUAUCCAUUACUCAGGCAUGUUUAACUUCUA